CAGUCCGAAAUCGAAAGCAGAAAUGGCGGUGGCGGGCGGCGAGAGUGAGCUGAGCGAGAAGAAGGAGAUGACGCCAUGGGAGCAGCACUCCGCCGUCAUCAGCAUCCCUCGCUUCGACUACAACGCUCCUUCUUCUCUUCUUCACCACUCCCACUCCGGCUUCCUCAUCACCUGCCCCAUCAAGCGCGAGAAAAGCGCCACUAAAGAAGCAAUCUCCCUCUUCGCAAAGUAUAUUCAGUGCGGUAAUAGUACUGAAGAAAAUUUGGUUUCUAAAAGAAGGAAGAUUUCGGAGGAAAAUGUGGAUGGUGAUUGCGUUAAUGGUAGUGAAGGUGGUGAUGUGGAAGAAGGUGCUUGCUCUACUGUGAAGGUGGAUACAGAUGGAGAGCGAGGUCCUCUUCUUAAGCUGGUUAAGCUGACAAAGAGCGGUUUGCUGCUUUUCAUUUUCGGCAAAAGUGUUUCUCCUGAUGUGGUUGGGAUUGUUUCGAGGAUUGUUCAGUCUGUGGAAUCCGGGAGCUCUGGUUCACUCCUUUGGUGUAAUCGUAUUUUCCCUAUCCAAGCUACUUGCAGUUUGAAUGAAAAGGAACUGCGUGAAGUUGUGUCAAAGCUUGUUCUUCAAUUUGUGAAAGAUAAUCAAAAACUUGUGCGGCCCAUAAAGUUUGCAAUUGGGUAUAACAGAAGAGGAAUAGAGACAGAAUUGAACACUCCAAAAGAAACCCCCAAUGCACUUGAGUUGUUGGACCGUAACAAAUGCUUUGCCUUGGUAGCUUCUGCAGUGAAAGAUGUUGUAUCAGAUUCAGUGGUGGACCUCAAGACUCCAGAGCUCUCUGUUCUUAUUGAGCUACUACCUCUUUCUGGUGUACCCAAAGGGUCUUUAGUGGUUGCUGUAUCAGUUCUUCCCCGAAACGUUGUUAGUGCAAAGCCAAAACUAUCCAUCAAGGCACUGGUUUCCGAUACCAAGACAAAGGGUGAAAAGGCAAGAAACGAUUAAAAUGUUUUACUCCAACGUAUCGAGUAUUAAAGGGGUACUUGUGUUAGAUAUGUCAUAAAUUUUGAUUCAGCUGAUUGUGCAGUUGUACCACAUCUGCUCUAUAAUUUGGCCGUUUAUUUUCUUUGUCUGGUCCUUCAGUGGCAUUCCCUAUUUGUUU